CCCCGGAGUCUGAAAACAGCUCGAGAAUCUCACUUGACUCGCGGAACUUUCGACUCAGAGGCAAACCAAAUAAACUGACUAUGAUCUUCGCCCAGGGGCCGGACCUCUAGAUCUGCUGAUGCAGCUAAAUCGAAGGGCCCGAACGAGUCCAGCUCGGCGAUGUCAACUACGAAUACCAGACCAAAGCGGAAUCCACGACGGGCCGCAAAAGAUCCAUGGGAGGAGGAGCGCCUGAUGACGAGCUCGGAGUCGCCGCUCGUUCAUCUGGAUCUUGUGAAAUUGCUCGCGCGCCCCGAAGCUUGGGAGAUUCUCGAGGAAUCCGAGAAGAAAGAAAUCCUGAGCUUACUCCCCGAAGAUGUGCACCCAAACCCUCAUCCGCCUGCGGAUGACCCCGAUUGGAAGAUCCCCCCAUUACCGGAGUCCUUCUUACGCUACUCGAAUAACUGGCGGGAUGGAGUCCGUCAAUUCCAGGUCGAUCUCGAAAGCGGCCGCUACGAUCCAGAAUGGUUGCGCCAGGCCGAGGAGGCAUCGGCGCAGCGAGCUGCGGGAAAAUUCGACAAAUUCAAAGAACGCGAAUACGAGGAGUUCUGGGGACAGAAGCAGAAAUUCGACCGGAGUUUGGCCGCGGGACAAAGCUCCCAAGUGAAGCUUCAAACGCUGAUCGAACACGGGGUGGUUCGUGCAGGUGAUGUUUGGAGAUACUCGCGAUGCUUUAUGCAAGGCUCGAGUAAGAUCUUAUUGGAAAAAGAAGUCAAGUUCCUAUCAAUCGAUGGCCCACGAUUGACCUUUGCCAUGCCCUUUGGUCAACGCGUGUUCCUCUCCAAUAGCAAUGGCCAUGCCAAAGACUCGGAGCCUAGUGCUCAGUCUGAACUCUCUCCACCAAAGCCCGCAGAGGUUGAAACAGAUGAAUCUAAGAAGACGAACGAGGAAGCAUUUUUGGAUGGAAAUGGAGCGAUAGAGAUAGAAUCGUCUAAGAAACGGAAAUCGGACGCUGGUCCGUCCGGCGACAAACCUCCAGCUCAGAAACGGCGUCGAGGACAGUCGGGAAGCACCGGGGUCGCUAAAACCCGCGGAGAUUGCGACCAGGAAGCAGCUUCAAACACUGACUGCAAGAAUCCGGAUACCGCACCGGUGGGUAUUGACUGCCAUCCUGCGGAAGAAAACCCGGCCGCCGCGGCAGUCGACGAAGCGAAGAAUGGUGACCAAGCAAGGGUUGAGACUCCAUCCUCAGCCAAUGCAUCCGAACCGGGCGACAAGAACAGAACAACAAGACCUGCCUCUCCAAGCAUCUGCGAGCAACAUGACGAUGUCGUAGUAUCGGGUAUCACUGGGCUCAACUCACUCGCUGCCAAGAUUGUGGAGGUCGAUGGCCGCCUGAAGAAGAUGCCCCGUGGAAACGCUUGGAAAGAGUUUCGUUCUUACAGGAACAACCAAGACAUGGGCAGUCUUUGGGAGGUCAGACAGGCUUGGUUUCUGAAGACUCAGUAGUCUACACGGCGCAACUGGUUGUUCUUUGGUCAGUGCCGGCCAAUUGUUUUUUUUUUUUACCCUUAAUACCCCUUGAGCAAGGCUGGUUCACAUGAGUAGGUUUCCUUUGGGAAGUUGCCUAGAGACUUGAUAGAACCAUACAGAAUAAAAGCCCCC